AUCAGCUCGGCAGCACGUACCAGCAACAGGUAAGGCCCCAUCACCUUACGCCGCUCACUCUCUCUCUCUGUCUGUUCACCUGCUUAGACUGUAGGAUUACAGAACAGUGAUAAAGUGCAUGGCUGCCUCUCGCAUUACCUGAAUUUACUUUUGUUUUAUGUUUUAAAAUGAGAUAACACGUGUUUUGGAGUACAGCAAACCACCGUAAUUUUAAGUUUGACGAGUUUUUAUUUAGACUGUCAAAUGUCAGUUGGCUGAAGAGUGAAUUUCUAUCAAGUCUACAGGAAUUCUUAUCCAUAGUUUAUUACACAAAGAUUAAAGUGGUCAGUGUAAUAUAGUCUGUAAACUCACUUGAAUUAAGAAGACCUUGAAUUUGAUCUGAAUGUUCACAAAUUACAAACAAGUUAAAUGAUACAAAAUGCAUUGAAGCAGAAGUAUGUGUACUUCUUUUCACAUGCAACCUCUGGUACAUUUUAGUUUUCCUGAUGGAGUUUCAUACAGAUAUAAUAAUUGCAUUACCUAGAGAAAAGUUGAAAUCACUCAUAAUGUAUUGUUUAAAUAGACAUUAAAAUUACCAUAAAGUUUUUCCUAGUCCGUCCAAUUAAUAUGGGAUUUAUAUUUAGUUGCCACUGAACUCAAAGCCCUUUUUUUUUUAGUCUUCUCAAGUUGAAUUGUGGAAAGUAAUUUAGAAUAAAGGCUUCAAUAGAAAAAAAAUCCAUGUGACUAUAAAAUCCAGUAGUCUGUCUCUUUAUUCUCAGACCUUAAAAUCCUCUCUUGAUCAUUUCUUAGUAGCAUGAAGAAGAUAAAGGAUUUCAUGAUACUUUUAAAUAAUGUAUACACAGAGCCGUUCCUUACUCCUGCUCUUUGGCUUUGAUAACCAGACACUUACUUUCAUGGCUGUAAACUGGUCUUUUUUCUUUCGUACUAACUAUUUUUGCAAAUCCCAGGCAAAAUGAAACUAACGAAUACAUUCCCUCACUGUGUGUGUUGUGAUAAUGGAUCUAUCUUUAAUACACAUCGGAUCUUCUAGAAAAUAAUUCAAGCCCUUUUAUUUUUUUAUUUUAUUUGUUAGUCUUUCUGCAUUUUCUUGGAAAUGUUUUCCAAAAUGUAAAGGGUCAUAUUUGAUCAUUCAACGAAAACAACUAAAUCAGAGAUAAAUGUUAUAAUUUGACAAAUUUGAUCUCUUUUAAAUAAUGCAGAGAUCAAAUCCUAUUUUCAUUAGAGUUUAUUAAAAUUGCCAAGGUUUUACUCCGUCAAAAACAUUAUUAUAUGUAUUUAACUCUAUUCAGUAAAAGAAAUGAUAAGCUGAAUUAGAGUAUUAAAGUGUCAAUUCAAAAAUGCUUUCUGUAUUGAUCUUGUUAAAAUAAUUUCAUAAUUUGUUCUCAUAAUAUUUCUUAAUUUCUUACUGUCAUUUCAGUGAACAGGAUUUCACCUGACUCUGAUUCUGCUCCGUGUAUAAAAUAUGAACCUCAGUCUUCCCGACCAGAACAUGCACAGCUCCUCUGAAAGCUGCCUUGAGGACGACAAACCUGAUGUUAUGCUGCCUUGCUUCCGUAGAAACAUGUACGAUGAGCCUCUGGCCUCGUACCCUAACGGAUCCAUCAUCUCCCAACUUCUCCGCAAGACGAUCCACAACAAGAGGGCUUUAGAUGAAAGCCAUUUCUUCCUUCCCUCCUCUGCUGCUGACUCCAGCCAGGAGGACCAGAGCAGCGUCUCGUCUAAAGACAGCACAGUGGAAGCUGCCUCUCCUGGUGCUCAUGUAUCCACUGGAGGCAGCCCAGAGGGAGAGCACCCCAUCACUGACCACCUGCAAGCCAAGAGAGCCAGAGUGGAGAACAUUAUCAGGGUGAUGGCAGGCUCUCCCAACAGCAGGCAGCACGGAGACAGUGAGAGGUCAGACACGGAUGCUCGAGACACCAGAGAGACCAGAGAGACGUACAGGGAGAACAAACGCAAACAAAGGUUGCCGCAGCAUCAGGAUCACAGCAGCGGAGGACCAGCGCACAGAAGCACUAACAGUGAUAUGAGCAAAGCUAAGGAUGAGGAGUGUCACAAGCUGAAGGAGCAGCUCCACAGCAUGCAAAGGCUCCUCCACCAGCUGCAGGAAAAGUUCCUUCAAGUUUACAACCAGGAAGACCCCGAACACAAUGAGACCGAUGAGACAGAGGUGGUUGUUGAGCAAGACAGCUCAGGAGAAAACUACACUAACACUGAAGAGAGUUUUAAGAGGAAGACUGCAGACAGGGUUAAAGUUGGUUAUCUGGUCCAUCAAAGGGAAAGCCAGAACCUGCAGGAGACCCUGAAGCAGGAGCUCACCAGGGCUGUGAAUGACUGUGUGGAUAGGGUCUUUAAAAAAGUGUCCCCCUCAGGGCUAGAUCUGUCGCCCCAGCAGCACAUGUGCUCCUCUCCAGAGUUGCAGAUUAGCAUGAGCGCAGACAGGAAGAGCCAGCAGGCCAGCUCCACCCUGGAGCAGCCCCUGGCAGAAGAGGCUGCAGGGAAACCUCGAUCUUUGGAGUAUUACGAAAGCUCCGACGCUCAGAGCCCACAGGACCAGACUGAGGCAUUGUCCCUGGUCGUCCGUAAGCCAGCAGUGACCCCUCUGAGCUCAGUCACCCCGACAGUGAAGAGACCUUAUCCCGUGCACCAGACUCCAUUUCAGUUCAAUUACCCCACCCCUCUGCAUGACAGCCAGAUCCUGGAGCAUCUUCUAAAGUAUGGGCCACAUUCCAGCUUUGGGGGUCUCCCCUGCAUGCCCCCAUCCAUUGACAGAACCUCUCCUGACUCAGUGGAGCUGCCCUGGGAAGCCAUUUCCAUGAGGUCUAAGGUGACAUCCGGCCACCUGGGACACCACCCUCGUCCCUCUUCCCUGGGAGGAGUGACGGUUGACAAUCUGUGUCUCCCUCAUGUGAAGAUCGAGUGUGGAGAUCUGCAGAGCAUGGCUGAACGAAACCCCUACAUGUCUCUCAAUAUAUCCUUUCACAUUAGAAAAAAUACUCUGAGCCUGAGCAGCUUUUAGUUUAGCAUUUUUUUUCCUUGUGAUGCAGAUUUAGGAACAAUUUCACUAAAUUAUCACUAUAAAAAAACACAGAAAUAGAUUAGGAUGCAUGCCUUAGACCUAACCUUUUGUUAGUUGUGUGAAAUAAAGAAGAAAAGCUUUAAAAAUCUAUAAUAGAACAAAUAUUUUCUAAUAUAAAUUGAUUAAACAAACACGGUUUGAAAAGACUGACAGACACUGAAGUGACAGCCUAGAUUUCUCCUCUUGUCCUCCUUAGCUAGCGCAGAUUACAGCAGGGUAUGUUUGAUAAUUUCACAUAUACACUGUUUUGAUUUCAUACAAACUCUCUUUAUUUCAGCUCUCCCAUUUGAACAAUGGCUGGUUGAAGCUCGUUGCAGCAUGGGCAGUUCCAGUAACAAACUUCAAGGAGAAUUUUUUCUUUGAUCUCGCUAACCCCAUAGAAAAUUACAGCGUCUUCUUUAAUCUGAGCCGAGUAAUGACUUUAAGUUUAGAAAAAGACAAAUAAAAAGGAAUACAAGGCUUUGAUAAGAAUUGCCAGGAACAAAAGCCAAUUUUUCAAAGGCAGAGAAAGCAUCGGUUUCUGUUUCAGGAAGCGUCAUUUUUUUAGACUUGAAAAGGUGCAGGAUCUAUUUCUCCAUCAUCAGAGUGAUAGGGGUGCAUCUGAAAGGUCACAUCUGAGUGCUGGUGGAAAUCAAAAGUGCCUGCCAACCACAACACUUGAGCUCUUGUCUUGAGCAUUUGUUGUUGGAUACAUUUGUCAGGAUGUAUAUGAUGGAAAUAGAGUGCAAGAUAGCCGUAUUUACUCCUCAAAGGAACUCAAAGAAAACCACUCUGAGAAAAAGGAAUAUUACGCUGAAAUAUUAGGGCAGAAAUAUACUUAAAAAAAGGAAAUAAUGUGUAAAAUUAUUUGUAUAUCAUCUUUUUUGCUAUGUGGUACACAUCUUAUAAGAAGAGAGAACAACUGAUAAAAUCCUUCUCAGAUCUAUACAGUUAUUCUUAUUACUUUCAGUUGUUUCAGUGUAGAUUAUUCCCUCUAAAGAGCCUUAAAACACCACAAGUGCUCACUUCAGUUGAUUUUAUAUUUGCAAGGCAUUAGAGGGAAGUAUUAUGUGAUGCUUCUCAGGAUUCGCUUUCUCUUUACAGUGCAAAAGAGCCCUGCUUCUCUUUGAACAAUACCACAUAAAUCUUUCAUUCCAACUUCCUUAUUUCAAAGGUAGGGAUCCCUAAUAAAAUCUGCGCUGUGGUGACCUGAUAAGGAAAUAUUAUGACCUAAGGCGCGGUGCUGGACUACAGAGGAAACGCUCCUGAGUGUCUUCAUUGCCAUAGGGGGAAAACUUGAGAAGGUAUAGAUUGCAUUAAUUUUUGCGGCAAAGGAAGUGUAUGUUUUGAUAUGUGAUGAAUGACUUUAUUUUUUAUUUUUUCACAUUAUCUAAAAGCCCGAGCAACGGUUUUAAAUUUUGGGUGUUAUUUCUAAAAGUAUGAUUUUUUUCAGCCGUUUUGUUAGGUUAAAAAAAUCGCAACAUAUGUCGUCUUUAAACCAACUUAAUUAUAUCAGAAAGUCAGCUCCUUUUUCAAAACAUUUCCAAACAAGCUGUCUUAACUGCCAGCCAUGAAGUGCUCCACUCUCUAAUUAAAAAUCCCUAAUCGAAUUCGUAAUUCUGUUUUGCCAAUAAGCACAUGUUAGGGUCAUUAUUGACUCCCUGGUUAAUGUCGAGCUGUUCUUUAGGGAAAUCCAAUUUAGCUGAAGAUUGAGGCAACACAAUACUCUGCUCUGCUAUCACUUUGCGGAGCAGUGUAUGUUGUGUGUGUGUUUUGUGUAUUUGAUUAUCAGGUUUUGUGCCUUAACACUCAUGUGAACAUCCAGGAGGGUCUCACCCCGAGCCACCUGAAGAAGGCAAAGCUCAUGUUCUUCUACACCCGCUACCCCAGCUCAAAUGUGCUGAAAACCUUCUUCCCUGAUGUCAAGGUACUUUUUUUUUCCUUUUGAUUUCAUUUGAUAACCUGUUGAAGUGUUUGUCCUGUGCUGUGCUGUGGUCCCUGGUGUCUACAUCCAGGGCAUGUUUGGGACAGAAAAAUCAGCAGUGUGUCGGAGGAGAGAAACAAAAACGCAGAGGGUUUAGACAACAAAGGCGCUGAGCUGCUAGUAUGUCCUGGGGGCAGAGGGAGAUACAGGGGCAUUCUCUCUGUAAAAAGGCCACUCCAGUCAGCAAAUGGACUGACAAAGGACUCUGUAGGAAAGGCAUUGCUAUUGAGUGUCAACACAGAGUUGGUAUUAGAGACUUGUGCGGCUGCAACCAGGCGGCGGCGAGCUGGCCCUAAACACAACAUCCUGUCUAUUUUGGCCUUGGUCUCAUGUCAGGCCUCCUCUUCUGUGUCCUCUUUUGCCUUUUUGUCUCCUUUUAUCAGCCCUCUUCAUGUACCCUAUUUACCUCUGCCACCCUCUUUGUAGUCUAUUGAGAUAAGAUCAACUUUUUCUAAACCUUCUUUCUACUUCUCUCAAAACACCUAUCCAGUCAUUCUCGUCUCUCCUCUUCUUUCACCUUGUCCCUCCAUUUCUGAACCACUGCGGGCCCCUGCUCUGACCCUGCGGGGUCAGGGGGGAGGAUGCUGUUGCUGCAGCCCCUGCGAACGUCUCCUCCUUGCUUACAAUCCUGUGGUGGGAAGUGGCAGUGAACAAAAGAGCACCUAAUCCCAGUGUCUGAUUCCAUCCUAUCAGCCUGAGUCAAUGAGAGGGAAGCUUCCUUCUGUCCUUACGCUGCCGCUUUCUCACCCUCCACACCAGAGGGAAGAAGCGUCUUUGAUGCCUGCCCAGCCCUUAGGCAUUUUUUUCUGUCUUUCUGGAUGAGGAGAUAGAAUAACAAGACUAAUGUCAAGACUGAGUUUAGAAACACAGAGGCCUGACAGAUGUUUUUUCACCAGGGAUAUUGGUGGGAAAGGAUCAGAGCAAUUAAUUUUGCUUAGAGUGACAGACUAUUUGGUGGCAUUUUGCCUUACAGGUACCAAAGGCAGCUUUUCAGGCAAUUACAGAAAAGUACAUUCGAUUUUAUAAUUGAAAGCAUGGAGAGUUAUAAUUUUACAUUUACGAUUUUUCUCACUGAAUUCGAAGGUUUAAUUGGACAGUGGCACAAUUAUAAUUCUCCAUGAGGAUGCUUUCAUUUACCCUCGUCACAAGUAACUGCACCUACAUGAAUUUAUUUAAAAGAUUAGCACCUAUAAGCAAGUUUGACGGUUCAGUUCUAUAUUGAAUACAUAAAUGUUUUGUCCUUUUAAUUUUACAGUUUAACCGUUGCAUCACCUCUCAGCUCAUCAAGUGGUUCAGUAACUUCAGGGAGUUCUACUACAUCCAGAUGGAGAAGUUUGCCCGCCAGGCCAUCGUGGACGGCAUCAGUGAUGUCAAAGAUAUUACAGUCAGCAGAGACUCAGAGCUGUUCCGAGCACUCAACAUGCACUACAACAAAGCCAAUGACUUCCACGUAAGUGUCACUUAUGACUCAGUCUUUCUUUUGUGCUGGGGUUGUAUUGUUGGCAUCAAGAUAAUUCUGAGAUUUUUUCUGCAGAGCUUUUUGAUGUAAGAGAUUUGGCCCUUAUUCUGAACUCUCUUCGAGACAAAGACAAACAAGGUUUCCUUUCCUAGUUCAGCACUUAACAGGAAUAAAAACUAAAAGAAAGAAAGAAAGAGAGAAAGAAAGAAAGAAACAGCUGCCUUAAUUCUCUAUAACAAAAAAAUCAACAUAUCAGCAUCUUUUAGUCAUGUGACCAUGACUGAUAUCCCACAAAAAAAGAAAUAAAACAACAACAAAAAAUUCUAAAAACUUGAUUUGACUACUUAUUUUAAAGUAAUUGUUAAACAUUUGUUUAAAAGUUUUUUUAAGAGUUAAAACAAAAUUAAGGAUUUUAAAGUAUAGCCCACUUCUUUCAUUUCUGUCAGCUCAAUUUUAAACUAUUGCAGGCAACCAUGUGGCAUAGCUUUGUACAAAGAGGGAAAUCUCCAGGCUCCCCUACCUCCCCUUAUAUUAGCAGAGUCAGAUUUCAGAUUAAAUAUUGAUCAACUUCAUGUCUAUCAGGCUAUUAUCAACCUACAGGAAGUAGCCAAACCUUAAAAAAAAGAAAAAUCAAGAGACAACUUGCCUCGCUCUAGCCCAGCAAAUAUAACAAAGAAACUUACAUUUUACAUAGCUACUUUACCAUGUUAUCUGUCUUGAUGUAGGGAUGCUGGUAGGUGGAUUUUAUUACUUUAAAACACAGCAGAGGUGGCUAUAUCCCUCUGCAAAUCGUCUUUACGCUGCUCAUAUCUUUCGGAUGUCUGGGAAUGAUCAAUCAUCUUACUCCCUUUCAAAAUGAAUUCACUAAAAGGUCGAGGCUCUUCUUUUAGCAGCUUUGACAUUAGAGAAAAGUGACCACAGCAGUUAGUAACCUGCUGAAGUAUGUCCUCCUGUCAGCAUGUAGCUGCAGUGGUCACGUAUGUCCGAGUGCUGACCUGUUUGUCACACUGCACCUGUGGCUGGCAGGCCUUUACAGCCAUUAUCUAAACUCCAGAGUGAUGCUUUAUCAAACUGUGGGAAGAGGAAGCCGCAAAAUCCCACUAAAACAACUCAGGAUUAGAGGACCAGUACGCCUGAGCGAGACUCAGAUUGCUACUGAUGCGGAAUGCUGAGAAAGACGCUGUGGAUACCGAGGGAGAAGGCAGUUUGGUGGGAAAGGGACGAGACCGUUUUCUUUACCUUGGAACCAAGACAUUCCUUUCCCAGGGAUGCUUUUGUGUCAGGAGAUGAGGGGAAAGAAAAAUAACUUAUGCCAACAACUGUUGUGCUAACUAUUCAGUGGGUGGGAAACAAGGGCUGCAGGGCGUUUCUCUCCCAGCAUCCAUUGCAUCUGGACUUGAUCCGUUGAUCAUUUCAUGGAUCUUCCUGAAGUUUCUGAUCACUAUCAGAUUCUAACCUGAACUUAAACCUCAUCUGGCCUGUACUUAAAUCUGACCAUCUCACGCCUUUAACCAUAUCAUUGAAAUCUUUAGCUUUCAGCCAUAGCCUUGGUUGAGAUUCAUAAUCGCAUUUUGUCGACUGAUCUUGACAGAGCAAGAGAAAGUCCCCAGGGAGACAAUUCACCAGUUGUGAGGUUAGAUUCAAGAAAACAAGACUGGCUAAUCAAAGAGGCCUCUAAAUGAGCGUUAAUGAUCGCAGUAUUGCAUUUGUGUUCAGAGAACAAAGAGGUGAGCUCCCUUUCAUCAGCUUGAGUGUUUGAAGAUUUGUGCCACAGGUCUGCAUAUCAUACGUUUUUGACUUUGAGGAAACUGAAGACUGAUUGUAAAACAGCAGAAAAUGUAGUGCUUCUUCUCUGUUGGAAAAAAAUGUUUUUAACAAGAAUGACUUCACUCAGAAGUUUCCUUUUUUUUAACAGGUUCCAGACAGAUUCCUGGAGGUGGCUGAGAUCACCCUGCAUGAAUUUUACAACGCCAUCUUUGCAGCCAAAGAUUCAGACCCCUCUUGGAAAAAAGCUAUAUACAAGGUGAUCUGUAAACUAGACAGUGACGUGCCAGAGGAGUUCAAGACAUCCUCUUAUUUAUAG